GGGGGGGGUUAGGGGUUGAUAAAUAGCAGAUGAAAACCCCCUCUCAAUGAAUGGAAGCUGUCUUAAUAUGUCUGGACAAGUCGCCUAUUCUUUCUGCUAAAACAUCAACUCACUUCGCAACGCAAUGUUUGACGAUUAACAUAAUAUCGUUCACUUCCACAAAUCCACCAAUCACCAGAUCCGAAUGGUCCGGUCCCGGCUGGGCUACACAGCGCAAAAGGGUGCUGCACAUUGUGAGCCGUCAGCGCGAGGACGCCCCACGGUGACUGCGCUCUUGAGCUGCUCGAGGAGGAGUCAGCUCCGAGGAAGCAGUUGGAUGAGGCGAGCCGCGCGCAGUGCACGGACGCUGUGAUAGCACACAGAAGAACGGACCUCCCGUCACCUGCUUCUCUGCAGCAGACGCAACGGAACUACCGGCAGUGCGAUGACAUACUCACAAUUUUUUGUAGAUUAUAGACAAGCCUGAGAAAACGUUUUCGAAAAACUUUCGAGUCGUUCUGAUUUUUGUGCUCCUGUAUCGAGAGCGUAACGUUACUUUUCCCUGCAGCUUAGACGAUGGAAUACGGAGCGUGCUUUACUAAGUUUGAAUAGCUCCCGUUGUUCUAAUGCGUAUAGAGGACUCAUUCAAAACAAUGCUAUGAGACCUGUGGGACAUGGACAAUGAUUUAGGAGUCAGUGGAAGAGACGCUUGAAGACGGAACAGUUUGUGUAGCCGGGCGCAUCCACCAAAAUACUGUUGUUAGGGGGAUGAGACGCUUAACCUCUGUUGGUGUCUUGUGGCUCUGGUAAAGUGCUGGAAAGCAAAGCACAUGACAUCCGUACAAUGCAUAUGCUGGUUUAUUUACUGCGACUUCAGUCUAUACGCGGGCUAAAACCACAGCAAGCAACUGGCUUUCUACGUCCGGUAAGCAGGCUCCAUCCAUGACAGUCAUCUGUCUGGCUUUCAACUCCAUCUCUAACUCCAGCGCUCAGUGAGGAGCCCUGCAGCAGUGCUCUCUGUGAAACCCCCUGAGCCACAGGCUUGACUUACUGCUCCUCUCACCUCCCCCCUCUCAGCUCGCCAUGGGCACAGUGCUGUCCCUCUCCCCCGGGCCCCGUAAGCCCAGUUACUACGACGACCGGCCCGGCUCGCUCAGCCGCUACCCGAGCCUGAGCAGCCGAUCGCUGAACACGCAGAAGGACCGCAGCGGCAGCGGUGGGUUCAAGCGCGGCCACUCCAUCUUCCUGCCGGCACUGACAUGGAAACGGCUGGUGGCCUCCACCAAGAAGCGCGGUGGGGGUGGCGGAACGAAGAAAGGAUGCCCCGGUGGGCCCGGGGGGUUGGUGGCGGGCGGCCCACUGACGCUCAACAACAACAACAACCUCUACCAGAAGGACCCGGUGCUGCAUAUGAACCGCGAGAACGUGAAGAAGUCGCUCUCGUGCGCCAACCUGUCCAGCUACGACGGCCCCGCCGCCCUCGGCCUCGGAAUGGGCAUGGGCAUGGGCAUGGGCAUGGGCAUGGGCAUGGGCAUGGGCAUGGGCUACGGCAAGACCCAGCUGGCCUCGGUCAAGAAGGUGUCGCCGGGGACGGUGACGUCGUCGCCUAAGCGUGUGAUCGUGCAGGCGUCGACCAGCGAGCUGCUGCGCUGCCUGGGCGAGUUCCUGUGCGGCCGCUGCUACCGGCUCAAGCACCUGUCGCCGGCCGACCCGGUGCUGUGGCUACGCGCCGUGGACCGCUCGCUCCUGCUGCAGGGCUGGCAGGACCAGGCCUUCGUCACGCCCGCCAACGUGGUCUUCGUCUACAUGCUGUGCCGCGACGUGGUGGACGGCGACCUGGUGGCGUCGGAGCACGAGCUCCAGGCGAUUCUCCUCACCUGCCUCUACCUGUCCUACUCCUACAUGGGCAACGAGAUCUCCUACCCGCUCAAGCCCUUCCUGGUGGAGGCGGGCAAGGAGGCCUUCUGGGACCGCUGCCUGGCCAUCAUCGACGCCACCAGUGCCAAGAUGCUGCGCAUCAACGCCGACCCGCACUUCUUCACGCAGGUGUUCGCCGAGCUCAAGAGCGAGGGCGGCUGCGGCCCGCAGGACUACAACCGCGUGCUUGACCGGUGAGACGAGAGGCGGGACAGGACACGGAGACCUCCUCCUCUCGUAUCACGUUGGGUGGCCCUCCUCCUCUUCCUCUCUCAUGUUAGGCCACCUUCAGCACCCUCACCCUCUCCAAGUCUCCAUCACUCAAAGGCACAGAGAAAAGCUCCCAUUGAGAAACCCUUUGACAACCAUACAGUUGGUUCAUUUAGCUGAUUCCCUCUACCUGAUCAUCCCUCUCUGUUCACUUCCCCAUCUACCGGCAGAGGACGAAGUGCAUACUAACUAGGCACACAACAGAGCUGCUGAAGGACAGAUGUGACUCGCAGAGGGUACUGUACUGCAUAGCAUGGCUUUAAAAAAACAUGGUUGGCACUCGUAUAACUGACCCUGGUUGGUGCACAGUACCGGUAAGAUCUCCUGACCCACCUUGUGCAUUCCUAGGGUCUCGUCUGUCUUGUUCUCCUCUAAGGCUCAUCAGUUAGGGGUGACCCCAUAUGAGCUCAGUGCUCCUCUCCUCGGAGGGCUGCUGUGGCCAGAUGAUGGAUUAGUUUAGUGUGCAUGGCUCAUUAAGUGUGUGAUGAGGCCUUGGGUAAUACCCGGGCAUAUAGGAAUGCUCAGCUCAGCUAGAUGGUUUGUCUCCCCAGAACAGCAAUAUCUGAAUAUUAGAAACUCCAUUUGAGAGCGCUAACAGUGGAUCCCAACCCAACUCCAGUAACUGCUUACAGAAUGUGAUGAUACACAACUAUUAUAGGUGAGGAACUACGACCAAUAUUGCUAUGCUGAGAGGGUUUUGUGUCUCUGUGUUGCUGAUCUCUCUAAUGUGAUGUUAGCAGACCUUGAGGGAGAGUAUGUAAGAUCAGAAGUCCUUUUCUGGUUUGAGGUCUGAUGCAGUGCCCUUUGGAUUCCUAUCCUGCCUCCUGUCUGACGUCUGAUGGCUGCCUUAUUUGUGUGUGUGUGUGUGUGUGUGUGUGUGUGUGUGUGUGUGUGUUAGCGAGUGGGCGAAGGUCAUCAGCUGUUUACCCAACUCCUUCCCCCCUUCCUUUUGUUUCACGCGCCUGUUGUUAGGGUGCCGGCUGCAGAGGCAUUAACAAGAUUAACAGAUUACCUCUCCA